AUGGCGGGCGGUACUCCACAGGGUGAAGCGCUGCUGAAGCGCCCAUUAUACGUGUACUCUCUCCCCGCCGAGCUGCUCGAGUCCCUAACCACCAAAUCAGCAAACGGCAGCAGAGUAUUGCCAACGGAGUCAAACGAGUCCCAGGCUGGAGCAAGGGAUAGCGAGGAUGACUCAAGCUCUCCAGGCUCCAAGUCCUGUGCCCUUUGCCAAGUAACCUUCCAGGAGGUCAGAGAACAACGGGAGCACGUCAAAUCGGAUCACCACCGGUAUAAUUUGAAAGCUAGGCUACGUGGAACUGCUACACUCAAUGAGACAGAGUUUAACAAGGCUAUUGGCGACCUUGAUGAAUCUAUAUCUGGUUCAGACUCUGAAUCGAAUGACGAGGAGGAGAGCGGACAGCAAACACCUGAUACCACCCUGACAGCGCUAUUGAAAAAACAGGCAAAGAUAAGCUCACCAGUGCCUUUUGAUGAAAGCUCAGACUCAAGUAAAAAGGGCCGCGGAGGGAGAGCGCCGUUGUUAUGGUUUGCAAGCCCCCUGCUCGACAUAAAUACCUCGUUAGGGAUAUAUCGGGCUUUAUUUACAAACGAAGAACAAGCGGAACCCAAUUACCUAGUUGAUUCUCUUAAGGCCAAACAAAAGAAACCCCAUAUUAUUCACCGGGCCCAAGAUACUUCAGAGUCAGCUUCAAAUGCAUCCAAGGCCACAGCGGACUCAUCCCCUGAACAUAUAUUUCUGUGUAUGAUAGGUGGCGGCCAUUUUGCAGCCAUGGUAGUAGCGCUCGCGCCUGAAGUUCAGAAACGAUCUGGAAUCGAAGAAAGACAGGCACGGGUACUUGCCCAUAAAACAUUCCAUCGAUACACCACAAGACGAAAACAAGGAGGUGGUCAGGCAGCUCAUGAUGCUGCGGGAGGGGCUGCCCACUCUGCUGGCGCUACAUUGCGGCGAUAUAAUGAAGCAGCCUUGGAAAACGAGAUCAGACAGUUGUUGAAGAGCUGGAAGGAUAUGAUUGAUGAUGCACAGUUACUCUUUAUUCGAGCGGUUGGAUCUACUAACCGCAGAAUAUUGUAUGGUCCGUACGAGGGACAGGUUCUGAAACAUUCUGACCCAAGAAUAAGAGUGUUCCCGUUCAGCACACGCCGAGCCACCCAGGCAGAGCUCAUGAGAGUAUUCACAGAACUCACUCGUGUCAAGGUCAGCCAUAUCGACGAGGCUGCUCUUGCUGCAGAAGAAGCGGAGCGGGAGGCUGCCUCUAAAUCUCCAAAGUCUGUCGCGCAAAUCCAACCUCAGAAACCUAAAAUAUCCAAAGAAGACGAAGCUGCGAUGCUCCAUACAUCUCAGAUUCAAGCUCUUAUCCGGCGCUCAAAGGUUCCCGCACUUUUAUCAUAUAUUGCGAGUAAUUCUAUACCACAUGACUUCCGUUUCUACCCUCCCAACUCGUCGCAGAACUACCAUGCGUCGACACCCCUCCACCUUGCCGCAAGUUCCAAUUCACCAGCUGUAGUCAGUGCAUUGAUGAUAAAAGUUCGGGUGGAUCCGACACAGCUGAACGACGAUGGGAAACCACCAUUCGACCUCGCUGGAAACCGCAUAACUCGGGACGCAUUCCGAGUUGCUCGACUUGAGCUUGGUGAAGAGGCUUGGGAUUGGGAAGCUGCCCAUAUACCCUCUGCAAUGUCCAAGCAAGAGAGUGAAAACCGAGAAGAAGCGGAGAGAAAAGCGGCAAAAGAAGUCGAGGAUAAGAGACGAACAGAAGAAGUUGAACGUCUCAGGAAAGAGGAAACUCCUUCAAUAGGAGGGAAGAACCGGGCGUCACGCCAAACAAUUGCAGCUAUUCAGCAGAAGACCGGUGCUGAGAAACGAGAAGAGGAAACAAGAGGAAUGACACCGGAGAUGAGGAUGAAAUUGGAACGAGAACGGCGUGCUAGGGCCGCUGAGGAAAGAUUCCGAAAAAUGCAAAGUGGCUCCGGUGCUUGA